AUGAGUUCCUACAUAGCAAACUCAAUUUUUAAGCAGCCAACGCACGAGGCAUCCUCCUAUAACGCCAUGAAUAGUUUAGGCAGUUAUGGCUCUCUCUCUGACUUCGGUCAAGCCAAUUAUGCCUAUAACGGAGGUCUUCAUGAUUUCAACGGAACAUUCACCUCCUCUGAUGCCACUGUAAACUCUCUAAAACGAGAAGAGAUGAACACUAGCCUGCGAGGCAAUACGGACACUCAAUCUCCACCACUACCACAGUCAUGCUCAGCCUUGAGCUCCCGGAACUCCGUGCAGAACUGCCUCAGUGAAGGUAUACUGAGCAAAGGGACUGAAAGGCAAAUGGAAGUGGUCGAAAACCACAGAACUACGACCGAAGAAAGCGCGAUCAAAGUCGAAACUAUGCAACCUGUAAAACAUCAAAACCAUUCGAAGAAGCACCAAGACAGUCAACAGCAACCGCAGAUUUUUCCCUGGAUGACAAAACUACACAUGAUCCACGGUAAACUUAUUUGUCAAAUGUAUAUAGCCUACUACUUCCCUCACUCACUCUCUCGCCUGCUAUACUGCUUUUGUCACAGUUUUUCCUCUUGAGUUUUAUAGGCCAAACGCAGGAAAUAAUAAAACUGGCGGUCAUAAAUUUUGACAAAGGCAUCUAUUGCUCGUAAACCUGUUCUGUUACUGUGAAGAGUUGAUCUGCGGUUAGAUUGAUGGCUGCAUAAUUGGAUAAGAGAAACAAAACAUGUAAGGAAAACCAUGAACGAGUAUUUUUACAUUAAUGUAUUAGUGUGAGUUCUGUUGGGCUGAAAGUACUUUUCGUUUCCUAACAGGUUAUUUUAGUGUAAGAUUGGAGUAUAGGCUAGGCUAGAAAACCAGUGCCCUGACCUCCGUGUGAACUUUUCACCCUGGAAAGCGCCAGAUAUAAUAGCAGAAAGGCAUUCAUGUUGCCAUGUCCAAAAUCAACUAGUUGCCCAUUAGGAUUUAUUGCUGGAAUAGCCACUAAAUAUUAGCACUGCAUUUGGUGCUGUGUUAAAGACUUAACUUAUAGUUCUGCGAGUGUUCUUGUAACAAAGAUCUGGAUUUCCCUCACCUAGGGCAACUAUUUAUUUUGCCAAGAGGUAUUUGAAAUGAACAAGUGCCAGAAUAAAGAAGUUGUUGCUUUCAAUGAAAAAUAAUUAGAAGAAAAUUGGUCUUCAUCCCAGAGUUUUUAUCAGUUGAUUUCAAUUCCAAAUUCAUUUAACUUGAAUUUAAAUCGUUUCACUUGUGGGGGGUUUAGUCACAAGGCCAUUUUACCAUUUGUUCAUUAUUUUAAUCAUUUUACAUUCUAUAACUCACAGGAGUCUUCAUACUCAGGUCAUCCAAACCGUUUGACCUCAGGCCAUUUUUACGCAUACACAAUAAGAUGUAUAUAAUGUUCGACUGUGGAUUUUUUCUUAAAAUGUAGGCUAACCCAUAUUUCUUCUAAUGCCACUUCAGAAUCAUCUGACGGUAAACGCUCUCGAACCAGUUACACCCGCUACCAGACUCUGGAGUUGGAGAAAGAGUUCCAUUUCAACCGCUACCUCGCCCGUCGCAGGCGCAUUGAGAUCGCCAAUACCCUCUGUCUGAACGAGAGGCAAAUUAAAAUUUGGUUCCAGAAUCGACGUAUGAAGUGGAAGAAGGAUUCGAAACUGAAAUCAAAGGAUUCAAUAUAA